GCGAGCGGAGCGCAUGUCCCUCGUCCCUCUCCUCGACUACACACGAUCGCGUUUUACACACGGAAAAUUAAUAACAAUCGGAGCUUGUGUUCUGUGAUCCGAACUGGAUUUUCGGCGUGCUAGUGCUGCUGUGGAUUACUCAUACAAGUGACUGUUGAGCUAUUUUGAAACAAAUUCAAUUUCGAAGCACAUGAAUGGACUUUAACUUAAAUUGCAUCUGAUAUUCCGAGAAUAAGAUUUUAGUUGCAGUCCUAAACAAAACCAAAAGCUAAUGAAUUGGAUUUCUGCAGCGUUAUAACAUCAAGCCACUGCCUAUAAUUAGGUAGGUACUAGGUGGCUCAUAUAUGAAAUGUUAUGGGCUCACGCGGCGUAGCACACUGGAGCUGGGUGGUAGUGGUGGCGUGGGCAUGGACGGCAGCGGCUCGUACCUUGUGUCCCCCGCGAUGCGCCUGCGACGACGCGCUCAGAGCGGCAUCUUGCGCCAACGCAGGCCUCGAAAUUGUGCCUAUACAACUGAACCCAGAAGCGACCCACAUAAACCUUACCCACAAUGCUAUCGACAACCUUCUCUACACCUUCGGUUUCUACACGCAACUAACCAUCCUCGAUAUCUCGUACAACAGAGUACAAGACUUAGGUAGUAAAAAUUUUGAUACCAAUAUUGAGAUGACCCAUCUUAAUGUAAGUCACAAUGCACUAAGAAAAUUAGAUAAGGACACAUUUGUUGGGCUGAAGAGACUUAUUGAUUUGGAUUUAUCCAAUAAUGAGAUAUCCAUUAUACAAGUGCAAACAUUCAAAGAUCUCUCAGUUUUAGAAAGACUAGAUUUGUCAAAUAAUAAAUUGGUGACAUUCGAGGCAGACACAUUUGAACCUUUAUCUUCGCUGAGAAUUCUUUCUUUAAAGAAUAAUUCUAUACUAGAAAUACCGUCAGUUAAUUUACUGACUGUUAUUCGUAUGGAAUUUCUGGAUUUAUCUGAAAAUUUGAUUCAGAAAAUAUCUGAGCACGGUAUUCCGUACUUAAAGGAAUUAAGACAUUUAGAUUUGAAUAACAAUAUAAUUGAAGAAAUCGAUCCACUAGGAUUACAUAAUUUGCCAUCCUUGCGGCAUCUAGACUUAAGUGAUAAUAAUAUGACAACAAUUCCUACAUCUGCACUAUCAAAAUUAUCUAAUUUAUCGCACUUGUACUUAAGUGGCAAUUUCUUCUAUAAUAUAACAUCACUGUCUUUCCAAAGUCUCUUUCAUUUAAAACAUUUACAUCUAAGUAGAAUAUUCAAUUUAGAGAGAAUAGACGCUAGAGCAUUUGUUGAUAAUAUUAAUCUACAAAAGAUUUGGAUGAAUGAAAAUUUAAGAGUGAGAGAAGUGCCUCCGAGAUUAUUUCAUGGAAAUCCUAAAUUGACUCAUAUUUAUAUGAAAAAUAAUGCAUUAGAAACACUUGAAGCAUCUCAUUUCCCAAUCGACACAUUACAAGAGCUAGAAAUUUCUGGCAAUCCAUUUGUAUGUAACUGUUCGCUCCUAUGGCUUUGGAAGCUGGGAAGAGAAUGUGAAAUACGUAGUAAAAAGUCUGAAAAUACAAGUACUAUAUUGAAAAUUGAUUAUGAAGAUAUUAAGUGUGCUGCACCUAUUCACUUAAAGGGCAUUCAUUUUGUACAAAUCCCAGAAUCAGAAUUCGGGUGCUCCAGCGGUUGGGUAGUGGUUGCUAUCGUGGUGAUGACAAUUAGCAUCAUUACUAGUAUAGUUGGUGGAGUUUUGUACUUCAUGGGACCGUUAAAAAAGUGUAAAGGAAAUAAAUCGAAACAAGUCAUGACUAGCGUCAUGUUAAAUGGUGACGUUUCGAAACUAGGCAAUGGAUUGGUCUAUACGACGCGUGGGAGAGAAGCUGACAACAAAAGAGAAGUAGACAGAUAUCUAAUGAUUGGUUCGUCAGUGACCAAUAACUUCCAUUCAUUAAAUCCACCUUGGCAGAGCAUGGACAAGAAUCCUUAUUACCAAGAGGACAGUGAAGAACACAUUUAUCAACAGUUUGCGUAUGAAACUAUUACUCCACACCGGACCCCUGAAAAACCACAUAUAGUGUAUGUGUAACAUAAGGCUAUAGUGAUAAACGUUUUGAAUAACAUUAUAAGAUUAUUCAAACGUUUCACGAAAAAAGACAAUUAACACGGACGUGACUACGAGUACUAAAACUUGCAAUAAUGUAAAUAGUGAUAUGAAUUUGUAAGAUGUGAUAGCUUUGUAUAUAAAGAUGUAUAUAAGUUAAUUUUUAAUGUUUUCGAUUUUGUACUUAACUUGUUUAGAUAUUAUUAUUGUGAAUAUAUUUUUCGCUCGAUCCUUAAUGUACAGUUAGUCUGUUAGCUGUUACGUUGAUAUUUCGUCCGUUCCUCACCUCAUCAUUUACUUGAUGUUGUAUAUUUUCCUCCUAGACCUUUAUUCCUCGUUUAUUUACUAUGUAGUUCCUCAAACAGUAUCUAAAGCCCUUUAAUGUAUUGUAAUUAAAUAUUUAAAUCAUGUAAUUAAAUUGUAGUUAUACAUUAAUUAUAUUUUCUGAAAUAACACCAAUACUUUAUGAAAACUUUGUACAAAAAUGAGCAAUAUAGAAUACUUACUUCAUACUAUAAUAUAACGCGUUAACUUUUAUUAUUGAGAAUAUUGUUAAAGUAUACUAAUUGUAUUUAGGAAUGAAAUAUAAAGUAAUAAUUCGCUUAGAACAAUCAUAGCAUUGACAGAAUCGUAUCGGGGAUAGACUGGGAGUCAGAUGUCGUACUCGUGCAAAAAAUGCGUUACUGAAAUUUAUAAUGAUCAAUUUAAUUUCACGCUAGAGUUUUAAAUAAUCUAACUUGAACAACAAACUCGAAUAACUAACGAGUUGAAUAAUUAACCGUCAGCCAGCUAACUGUGCUGUAACUUUUCAGUUGUUUUUCGUUUACGCUGGCUGGUAAUUUGCUUUUUUGGAAAUCGUUUAAACAAUAGAUGAUGAGUAUGAGAAAAUGAAAUAUUUUACUGUUCAUGCUAUUUUAAAUGAUUUAUCAUAAUUUAUAUAACAUACCAUAUGGGUAGUUUACCUGCAUUCAGUGUCAUUUAAAUAUAAGAGACAUUUAACUCAUAUUUUGUUUCUAUCAAUAAACAAAAGAAUGAGGACUCAAUAAAAUUACUUUCGAUCAUGUAUCAAACUAUCUGACUCUUAGUUUAUCCCCAAUUGAUAUAAUAUUUAUGUAUAAUACGCAAUAAACCAGUUGCUCUGAUGGUAAGGGGUACAAAAUGAAGUUAACUUACAUUAUUUAUUGGCUAUUUUUAUAGAUUCAUUUCAUGAGACGUAACCAUUUUGUUAAUAAGAUGUUCUGGAAUUAAUAUUUUUAUACUUAUUAAUAUUAUACGGCCAAUUUAAAUGUUUAUUAACCCAUACGAGAAAAUGAAAUUUGUGAUUACUAUUGGAAAGAAUCUCUAAGGUGGUUAGAAAUAAAGAAAUACUGUUAUGAUUUCGUGAAAAUUUAGAAGCAUAUAUGAUGGCUUAAAUACAAUAUCUACCCUUGUAAUAAUUUUAUAUGUCAUUUAUAUCAUAUACAUGUAUAAGUCCCUUAUUGCCUAUCAUAACCCAGAUUAUAACUAAUUAGCGCAUACAGUCAUAUAAUAGAAUAAGAAUAUUUAUACCUACCUUAAACUUUUGUUAUGAAACUUAUUUAAAUAUAUAACGCAUUGAAACAAACGACAAAUAAACCAUUUAAAAUUUA